AGAUGAACCUAGUUGCUAUUCUUAACAACGGUCAAGACAUUUCUUUCGUUUGUGAAUCUUUCACGAAGCACCACCGGGGCUGUUACAGAACAUGGAUACAAAGGACGAGUUUUCUGAUGAGUCACCCGUGAACAUUGUUCAAGCUGCUGAUACCCUGCAAGCAGUAGGGAGACACUUUCAAAGAUGCAUUGACUCCUUGGAGGAACUCUUAGAAGAAAGGGAGAAUCUUAUUAGAGAAUUAAUCUUUGUGAAAGAACCAAUGAUCCAAGAGGUUUGCGACUUGCGGGCAAAGCUGCUGGUGCUUUUCCAGGGUAAAUCGGAGGCAGAGAUUGAAUGUGAAAACUACAAGGAGGAGAUCAAAUCUACUAAAAGGAAACUGUUUGAAAUUAUAAAAACUCAAAUGACCUACAAACAUGCAGUGAGCACCAGUAAUCGAAGCCUUCCCCAGAUGGCAUUAGAACAAGAAGCUUUAGAAUCCGAGGCACAGCUCCUCUCCGAUGAACUGGCUGUGCUUAAAGAUCACCAGCAAGAAGAAAUAAACCAAGUAAUCCACAAACUUGAAAACAUCCGAAACACUAUCAAUAUUGUGUCCAGAUCAAAGGGCCAGCAAACAGAUGAAUUCCAGAACAUUUUAGCUGAGCAAAGACGGUGGCUGCAGAAAUAUUAUGAACCCAAACUGGAAAAUCUGAUGAAAUGGGAUCAAAGCAGGACUGAGUCCCUACGUCACACACAGCAGGAGGUCAAAGGCCUCAGGCGGCAACUGCAGGUGGUGCUGGAUCAGGGGGCAAAACUGAGCACCCAGAAGCAAUUCCUCCAGCGACAGCUCCAGGCAACACAUGAGAAGAGGGGCCAGGACAUUGCACUUUAUCAGACACAGAUAAGGGAGUUAGAAGCCAAAGUCAGCAUCCUGAAAACAGAGCUUAUUAUACAGAAGAAAAAGAAUGAUAAUAUGAGGAUUAUGAAGGAGAGCCUGUUGGAGGAAUUGGCUGUGUACAGGGAGUGUUUGACUACUUGUGGAAGUCUGAUUGACUCUUCAGACAAGGCAGAUUUAAAGAAUUUGAAUCCUAAAUGAAUCAGCAGCUGUAAAGACGUGUACUUCAAGGUAUUCAGCAUGGAACACCCCCUUUGGCCCAGUUUAUCCAUGCCAACCAAGUCAGCAAGUCCCAUUUGUCCACUUAACCUUUCCUGUACGAACACUGCAACUUGACCCACUCCCAAAGCCUCCUCUGGCAGCUUGUUCCAUCUCACUGCCCUACACGAAAAGGUUGUCUGACAGAUUCCUUUUCAAAUUUUCUCUUCUCACCCUAAAUUUAGAUUCUUACACUGUAGGAAAGACUGACCAUUCACUUUUUCAAUGUUCCUCAUUAUUUUAUAGACCUGUUGCAUCACACUUUGCUCCCCCACACUCCAGUGAAAAGCCCGGUCUCUCCUUAUGACUGAAAGCUUCCAGUCCCAGGUACUGUCGCCAUGCUCUUUCCAACUCAAUGACAGCUUUCAUUUAGCUACACACAACAUUCCAAGUGUUGUCUCAUCGACCUUGUGUGCACUUGUAAUGUGACAUCUCAACUCUGAUCAGUACCCUGAUCAAUGACAGCAAGCAUGUUAAGUGCCCUCACUAACACUCUGUCUACUUUCAGGGGCCUACAUACUUGUACCCUGAGGUGUCUCUGUUCUACAACCCCCCUGCCCCCUAGGACCCUGGCAUUUGCUGUGCAAGUCUUGCCUUGGUUAACUUCCAAAAAUGCAUCACUUCACACUUCCCCAAGAUAAAAUCUAUCUGCCAUUUACUAAGUUGAUCUCAAUCUCAACCCUGUCCAUUGAUGUUGCCUGGUUUAGAGGAUAUCUGCUAUCAUGAGAGGCUGGAUAAACUGGUUUUCUCUGGAAUGGCAGAGGAGAUCUGAUAGUUUAUAAGAUUGAGAGGCAUAGAUAGUGGGGUGUGGCCACUGUCGCAUGCAAACAGCUACGGGGAGCCACAGGUGAGAGCUGAGUGCCAGGUGGGGACCAAAGGUGGACUAACCGCCCUGAAAAGGACAAGACAUGUUCCCCCACCAGAGUAUAUAUUGUAGAGUACAUAUUGACUUCAAGACUUGUAUUUAAGUAAAGGCAGGACAGUUGCCACCUUCAAGUGUUUGCAGUGCAUCUUUAGAAGUUAGAUACUAAUACCAGCCAGAUUAAAUGAGGGAGGUUGCAAUUAUACAUACAGUUUUGAUGAUUCUUCUUCCAACGAAUGUAGAUUUCGCAGACUGAGUCAGCAUUAAAUGACCAUCUCUCCCUUAAGGAGGUGGUGGCAGAGAGCUACUGCCUUGAACAGCUGCAGCCCUUGAGUUGUGGAUA